ACGUUGGACGCUAUUCCGAAGCGGAUCCUGGCGGUAACAGAAAAAGCAUGAUAUUUGUUGAGGGGGGGGGGGGAACCGCGACAAACGACGAUAGCUACGACGCGGACGAUGAUGAUUACGAUGCCGAACCUGCAGAAGCAAACCAAAAAGAGCAUCCUGCCGUGAUCAGAGCGGGAGUGUCAGUUCGCCAUGCUUUGCCGUCCGGAAGAAAGCAAAAACGGAAAGGCAAAAAGGCAAUAAAAUUGUGCUCGUUCUUUUACAGGCUGAAGUCGGCACAUACUAUGUAUGCAUGAAGAUUAUAGGGGACAUGCCGAUGAUUGCUUCUCUGUACGUGCCGGAAAUGUUGCUUGCUUGCUUGCUGCUUGCUACUAGUCUGCUUAUCAUCGCCCUUGUUGUCCCCGGCUUUCUCGGCAGAUUCUUAACGGUCAACAAUUGCAGGACCACUGUCCGGAAGUAUCCACAUAAUGGGCCUGUCACUUAUGGGGGUUGUUUGGCACACGAUAUUUCUUCUGCUGGGGACUGGACCACUUGGAAAUCGCUCAAGUCGAUUGUCCACACCAAGCACAAAAAGAUCUUCUUCUUUUGCUUUGAUAAUAUUUUUUUUUUUUAUCAUUUUUUUUUGUUUUUUUUGGGGGGGGGGCUGGACUUUGUCCUCAGUAUUGUCUAUCAUUCCCCCUCCCUCCACCUCGCACGAACCAUCUUGUUAUUGGACAUUUAAUACACCACUUUCCCCCGGUCAUAAUCCUUGUUGAUGUUGGCGAUUCGGCUUAGUUUCAAAGAAUACAACUGGUUUUCGCUUGCUUGUCUUGCGCGAU